AAUUACUGGAGAGUCUUGUGCAAUAUUCUAAUGGACCUAAUCUUACUAGUAAGAUAUUACAGUGAUGUUUAAAUGCUAAAAGCUUCCCUUUCAAACCCCUUUUGUUAAAAAUGGUGGGAGAGGUAUUUUAGCUGUCUCAAACUGAUGGAAUUUCCAAUGUGGAUUCAUGGUCAGGAAAGAUUAAUAAACUGGUAGUGUUGAAUUUGAAACAGAACACUUAGAGGAUUUGCAAGAUGGAUCUGUGAGGAACCCACUUAACUGGCCUACAGAGAUGGAAGAAUUAGUUCAGACCUUUAAUAUGAAGAGGUCUGGGGGGCUGCUUAGUUGUUUGGGUUUUGUUGAUGUUUCCCACACACACUCCUUGGUUAAGUACUGGUUUAAUAACAAUAAAACAAUACUGUUUUAAGAUGUAGAUCAGUGUUUUCAAAAUCCCAGUAGUUCUGAGAUGUUGAGCUGUGGAACGUCUUAGUUGUAGACAUGCACUAGGGAGCCAAAUUUGCUAGUACUUGUUUAAUCGAUGCUGAUUUGCUUGGUCUCAUUUCCCUGAAUCAGUGUCAGAAACAUUUCUUCAUUGGUGCUGUUGCCAAUUGCUGUCAGAGGCCAAGUCCUGAAUAGGUUCCCCAUUGACUUGCCUGGGUAACACAAUGCCAGCUGAGCGCAAGAAGCCAGCAAAUAUGGAAGAAAAAGAAUCUCCGUUAAAUAAUAAAGAAAAAGAAUUUAGUGAAAGGCGACCAGUGAGCACCAGGGAAAAGCCAAAAGAAGAUGUCAAGGUUGGCAUGAAGAGAGAGACUUUAAAGGUUCCUGAAGAUAAAAAGAAAAAACUGGAAGAGGAUAAAAGGAAAAAAGAAGACAAGGAGCGGAAGAAAAAAGAAGAGGAUAAAGUAAAGGCAGAAGAAGAGCAAAAGAAAAAAGAAGAGGAAGAAAAAAAGAAACUUGAAGAAGAGGAAAAAAAGAAACAAGAGGAGGAAGAGAAAAAGAAACAAGAAGAAGCAGCUGCUCAACUGAAAGAAAAAGAGGAAGCACAUCAGCUCCAUCAGGAGGCUUGGGAGCGCCAUCAGGCAAGAAAAGAGCUUCGCAGCAAAAACCAGAAUGCACCAGACAAUCGCCCUGAGGAAAACUUCUUCAGCAGACUAGAUUCCAGUUUGAAGAAGAACACAGCUUUUGUUAAAAAGUUAAAAACCAUUACAGAGCAACAAAGGGACUCCUUGUCCCAUGACUUUAAUAGCCUGAAUUUAAGCAAAUACAUUGCAGAAGCAGUAGCUUCUAUUGUGGAAGCCAAACUGAAAAUAUCAGAUGUGAACUGCGCUGUGCACUUGUGUUCCCUCUUCCACCAGCGCUAUGCUGAUUUUGCCCCUUCGUUACUUCAGGCUUGGAAAAAACAUUUUGAAGCCAGGAAAGAAGAGAAGACCCCCAACAUUACCAAGUUAAGAACUGAUUUGCGUUUCAUUGCAGAAUUGACAAUAGUUGGGAUUUUCACUGACAAGGAAGGUCUGUCUUUAAUCUAUGAGCAGCUUAAAAAUAUUAUUAACGCUGAUCGAGAAUCCCACACUCAUGUUUCUGUGGUUAUCAGCUUUUGUCGGCACUGUGGAGACGACAUUGCUGGUUUGGUACCAAGGAAAGUAAAAACUGUUGCAGAGAAGUUUAACUUGGGCUUUCCUCCUAGUGAGAUAAUUAGCCCAGAGAAACAGCAGCCCUUCCAGAAUUUGUUGAAGGAAUACUUUACGUCUUUGACCAAACAUCUGAAAAGGGACCACAGGGAGCUACAAAAUAUUGAAAGACAAAACAGGCGCAUUCUUCACUCCAAAGGAGAGCUGAGUGAAGAUCGACACAAGCAAUAUGAGGAAUUUGCAAUGUCCUAUCAGAAGCUGUUGGCAAAUUCUCAAUCUCUUGCUGAUCUUUUGGAUGAAAACAUGCCUGACCUUCCUCAAGAGAAACCAACACCUGAGGAACAUGGACCUGGUAUUGAUAUUUUCACACCAGGAAAGCCUGGAGAGUAUGACCUGGAGGGGGGUAUCUGGGAAGACGAAGAUGCUAGAAACUUCUAUGAGAAUCUCAUCGACUUAAAGGCUUUUGUGCCAGCAAUUUUGUUCAAAGACAAUGAAAAAUGUUCCCAGAAUAAGGAUUCCGGCAAAGAUGAAUCAAGAGAUUCAAAAGAUGCCAAAGAUAAUAAGGAAGCACCUGGGAGUGAGGAUUUGGAGUUGGAGCUGGAGAACCUGGAUAUUAAUGAUGAUCCUCUGGAGUUAGACUGUGGAGAUGAGGCAGAAGACCUUACAAAAAAGCUUCUUGAUGAACAAGGGAAGAGAGAGGGAGCAGAUAGCACCGGAGCUGAAAAUAGUGGCGGAAAACAUGCUGAAAGAAAACAAGAGGAUGAAGAAGCCAGUACGGGAUCUCAUUUAAAACUUAUAGUAGACGCUUUUCUUCAGCAGCUUCCCAAUUGUGUCAACAGAGACCUCAUAGACAAGGCAGCAAUGGAUUUUUGCAUGAACAUGAAUACAAAAGCCAACAGAAGAAAGUUAGUACGAGCACUUUUCAUAGUUCCUAGACAAAGGUUGGAUUUGCUACCGUUUUAUGCAAGGCUGGUUGCCACAUUGCAUCCCUGUAUGUCUGAUGUAGCAGAGGAUCUUUGUUCCAUGCUGAAAGGGGAUUUCAGAUUUCAUGUAAGAAAAAAGGACCAGAUCAACAUUGAAACAAAGAAUAAAACUGUGAGAUUUAUUGGUGAGCUUACAAAGUUUAAGAUGUUCUCCAAAAAUGAUACUCUCCACUGUUUAAAGAUGCUUCUGUCAGACUUUUCUCAUCACCAUAUUGAAAUGGCAUGUACUCUGCUGGAAACCUGUGGAAGAUUUCUCUUUAGAUCACCAGAAUCUCACUUAAGAACUAGUGUUCUUUUGGAACAAAUGAUGAGAAAAAAGCAAGCAAUGCAUCUUGAUGCACGCUAUGUUACAAUGGUAGAAAAUGCUUAUUACUACUGUAAUCCCCCUCCAGCUGAAAAAACUGUGAAGAAAAAACGUCCUCCUUUGCAGGAAUAUAUUCGUAAGCUGCUUUAUAAGGAUCUGUCCAAGGUCACCACAGAGAAGGUCCUGAGACAGAUGCGCAAGCUGCCUUGGCAGGAUGCAGAAGUAAAAGACUAUGUUAUAUGCUGUAUGAUCAACAUCUGGAAUGUGAAAUACAAUAGUAUUCACUGUGUAGCCAACCUCUUAGCAGGGCUGGUCCUUUACCAGGAAGAUGUUGGAAUUCAUGUUGUGGAUGGAGUGCUAGAGGAUAUUCGACUAGGAAUGGAGGUUAACCAGCCGAAGUUUAACCAACGGCGGAUCAGCAGUGCCAAAUUUUUGGGGGAGCUUUACAAUUAUCGAAUGGUGGAAUCAGCUGUAAUAUUUCGAACUCUGUAUUCUUUCACAUCAUUUGGUGUGAACCCUGAUGGUAGUCCUAGUCCACUGGACCCUCCAGAACAUCUUUUCAGAAUCAGAUUAGUUUGUACUAUCCUCGAUACCUGUGGGCAAUAUUUUGACAGAGGAUCCAGCAAACGAAAACUCGAUUGCUUCCUUGUAUAUUUUCAGCGGUAUGUUUGGUGGAAAAAAAGUCUGGAUGUUUGGACAAAAGACCACCCAUUUCCUAUAGACAUAGACUAUAUGAUCAGCGAUACACUGGAACUGCUGAGACCAAAGAUAAAGCUCUGCAAUUCCCUGGAAGAAGCUAUCAGACAGGUGCAAGACUUGGAAAGAGAAUUCUUAAUAAAAUUAGGAAUUGUGAAUGACAAAGAUUCCAAAGAUUCCAUUACGGAAGGAGAGAAUCUAGAAGAGGAUGAAGAGGAGGAGGAAGGUGGAGCAGAGACAGAGGAACAAUCUGGAAAUGAAAGUGAAGUAAAUGAGCCAGAAGAAGAGGAGGGCUCUGACAAUGAGGAAGAAGGUGAAGAGGAGGAGGAAGAAAACACAGAUUAUCUUACAGACUCCAAUAAAGAAAAUGAAACUGAUGAGGAGAAUACAGAAGUAAUGAUUAAAGGAGGAGGACUUAAGCAUGUCCCUUGUGCAGAAGAUGAGGACUUCAUUCAGGCGUUGGAUAAAAUGAUGCUGGAAAAUCUUCAGCAACGGAGUGGUGAAUCUGUUAAAGUACAUCAGUUGGAUGUUGCUAUUCCUCUACACCUCAAAAGUCAGCUCAAGAAGGGUCCCCCGCUUGGAGGUGGGGAAGGAGAGUCAGAGUCUGGAGACACAAUGCCAUUUGUCAUGUUAACACGAAAAGGCAACAAACAGCAGUUUAAGAUCCUAAAUGUACCAAUGUCUUCCCAACUUGCUGCAAACCAUUGGAACCAACAGCAAGCUGAACAGGAGGAGAGAAUGAGGAUGAAAAAGCUCACUUUGGAUAUCAAUGAACGGCAAGAACAAGAGGACUACCAGGAAAUGUUGCAGUCCCUGGCACAGCGUCCCGCUCCAGCCAAUACUAAUCGUGAACGGCGGCCUCGUUACCAGCAUCCGAAGGGAGCACCUAAUGCAGAUCUAAUCUUUAAAACUGGUGGGAGGAGACGCUGAUCCAGCAGCAAGUGUCAUUUCAUUAGGUCCUGUAUCUCUGAUGUUGUGGAUAGUGGAGUCCUCCAGCGAUUAAACGAGAGCAGUGGACACAUCUCAGCAUGUCAGUCUAGAGCGUUCAGAAUCGAAACCUGGGACAGGCUGGGGCCGUGGGGCAGAAGCAACAGCCUCCCCUCUUCCCCCCCAACCCCACACAGAACAAGUGGAAGCUUUCAGUCAUGGCCUACCAAAAAAAAAAUUAAAAAAAAAAAAAAUUAAAAAAAAAAAAGCUUUUUGUUAUGGGAACCGCGUUGAGGGUUAAUUUUCUCAUAAGAGCAGAAGUAAAUGAAUGAGAUGGUUCA